AUGUCGUCCGCUGCCGAGCCGAUUAAAGUUACGUCAUCGUUUCCCUUGUCUCGGCAAUAUCUGACUCAGUCAAUCCGGAACGUCAAAAAGAUAUCGGCAGUUGCAGAAAACAGACUUGUUUUGAUAUGCGUCGGUGUUGUUUAUCCUGAGACAUCGAUACCUGCCCACUCUCCAUCCGUCCCUCUCUCUCUCUCUCUCUCUCUCUCUCUCUCUCUCCUUGUCUCUCUCGCUCUCUUUUUCUUUCUUUCUCAGCUUCCUCCAGUUAUUCAUUUCUUUUCUUUCUUUCUCUCUUUUCCGCGUCACCUGUUUUUUCUCUCUUUCUUCCCUCCCACUUUUCCUAUCUUCAUUUCUCUUUUGUUCUCUCCCUCUUCAUUUUGCCCCUCUCUUUCUCUCCCUCCACACUUUUCUUUUUUCUUCGUUUCUCUCUGUUCCUCUUUAACUCUUUCCCUUAUUUAUCUUUUCCCUCUUCUACUUUCUCCAUUUCAUCUUCUUCUCCAAAUUGGUUUCUCUCAUCUCAUCAUGUCUCACUUUUUUCUCUUCUCUCUGUCUUUUGUCUUCUUCCUUUAUCUCUCUUCUUGCCAUUUCCACUCUCUCUCUCUUCUUCUCUCUCUCUUUUCUUCACUCUUUAUAUUUAACUAUUUUCUUUCUCUUCUCUUCAUUUCUUUUUUCUCUUCACUUUCUUUCAAUAGCCUAUUUUCUUUCUUUCUUUUAUCUUCUUUUCUAUUUUUUCUUUUUCCCCGCCAUCUUUUCCCUUUUUUAAUAGAUUCGUUUCUCUUCUCUUCCUCGAUCAUCCUUUGUAUACACAGGCGCAUGCGCACUCUAUUCACAUCUAUCCAUCCAUCCAUCCAUCCAUCCAUCCAUCCAUUUCAGUCUAUCUAUCUAUCCAUCCAUCCAUCCAUCCAUUUCAGUCUAUUCAUAUCUAUCCAUCCAUCUAUCUAUCCAUCCAUCUAUCUAUUUCAGUCUAUUCAUAUCUAUCUAUCCAUCCAUAUCUAUCCAUCCAUCCAUCUAUUUCAGUCUAUUCAUAUCUAUCCAUCCUAUCCAUCUAUUUCAGUCUAUUCAUCCAUCCAUCUAUCCAUCUAUCCAUCCAUCCAUCUAUUUCAGUCUAUCCAUCAUCUCUCCAUCCAUCUAUCCAUCCAUCUAUUUCAGUCUAUUCAUAUCCAUCCAUCCAUCCAUCUAUCUAUCCAUCUAUCUAUUUCAGUCUAUUCACAUCCAUCCAUCCAUCCAUCCAUCCAUCCAUCCAUCCAUCCACCAGUCUAUCCAUCCAUCCAUCCAUCCAUCCAUCCAUCCAUUCAGUCCAUCCACAUCCAUCUAUCCAUCCAUCCAUCCAUCCAUUUCAGUCCAUUCACAUCCAUCCAUCCAUCCAUCCAUCCAUCCAUCCAUCCAUUUCCAGUCUAUCCACAUCCAUCCAUCUAUCUAUCUAUCCAUCCAUUUCAGUCCAUCCAUAUCCAUCCAUCCAUCCAUCCAUCCAUCCAUCCAUCCAUUCAUCCAUCACAUCCAUCCAUCCAUCCAUCCAUCCAUUUCAGUCUAUUCACAUCCAUCUAUCCAUCCAUCCAUCCAUCCAUCUAUUUCAGUCUAUUCAUAUCCAUCCAUCCAUCCAUCCAUCCAUCCAUCCAUCCAUCCAUUUCAGUCUAUUCACAUCCAUCCAUCUAUCCAUCCAUCCAUCUAUUUCAGUCUAUCACAUCUAUCUAUCUAUCCAUCUAUCCAUCUAUUUCUAUUCAUAUCCAUCUAUCCAUCCAUCUAUCUAUUGUCUAUCCAUAUCUAUCCAUCCAUCCAUCCAUCCAUCCAUCCAUCCAUCCAUCUAUUUCAGUCUAUUCACAUCCAUCCAUCCAUCCAUCCAUCUAUUUCAGUCUAUUCACAUCCAUCCAUCCAUCCAUCCAUCCAUCCAUCUAUUUCAGUCCAUUUAUCCAUCCAUCCAUCCAUCCAUCCAUCCAUUUCCAGUCCAUCCACAUCUAUCCAUCCAUCCAUCUAUUUCCAUUUCAGUCUAUUCAUAUCCAUCUAUCUAUCUAUCCAUCUAUCUAUCCAUUUCAGUCUAUUCACAUCUAUCUAUCCAUCCAUCUAUCCAUCCAUCUAUUCAGUCUAUUCACAUCCAUCUAUCUAUCCAUCCAUCCAUCCAUCUAUUUCCAGUCUAUUCCACAUCCAUCCAUCCAUCUAUCCAUCUAUUUCAGUCUAUCCACAUCCAUCCAUCCAUCCAUCCAUCCAUCCAUCCAUCCAUCUAUUUCCAGUCCAUCCACAUAUCUAUCUAUCUAUCCAUCUAUCCAUCCAUCCAUUUCAGUCUAUUCAUCCAUCUCCAUCCAUCCAUUUCAGUCUAUUCACAUAUCCAUCCAUCCAUCUAUCUAUCCAUCUAUUUCAGUCUAUUCACAUCUAUCUAUCCAUCCAUCUAUCCAUCCAUCCAUUUCAGUCUAUCCACAUCUCCAUCCAUCUAUCUAUCUCUAUUUCAGUCUAUUCAUAUCUAUCUAUCUAUCUAUCUAUCUAUCUAUUUCAGUCUAUUCAUAUCUAUCUAUCUAUCUAUCUAUCUAUCUAUCUAUUUUCAGUCUAUUCAUAUCUAUCUAUCUAUCUAUCUAUCUAUCUAUCUAUCUAUUUCAGUCUAUUCAUAUCUAUCUAUCUAUCUAUCUAUCUAUUUCAGUCUAUUCAUCUAUCUAUCUAUCUAUCUAUCUAUCUAUCUAUCUAUCUAUUUCAGUCUAUUCAUAUCUAUCUAUCUAUCUAUCUAUCUAUCUAUCUAUCUAUCUAUCUAUCUUCUCUUGCACUCAUCCUCCAAUUUUUCAUGUCUUUUCUUCGUUUGUCUUUUUUCUUCUUCCUUUCUUUUUCUUUUCUCCUCUCCCACGUCUUCUAUCCUUAUUUCUCUUCUUUUUUCUCCCUUCACAAAUUAGGAUAUCUUUGCCAAAAAUGAUCUUUACUCGACUUAUAGAUGAGUAUCUUCGAUCUAUCGUAAUUACAUUGUUUUCUUCUUCUUCUUCUUUUCCUUUUUAUUCCCUUCUUCUUACUCUCGCUUGCACCAUAGAAUUGACACAGCUGGAAAAUAUUGACCAGAAUAAAAAGCUUAUCUUUUCCAAACCGCCAAAUUCUUAUUCUUAUUCUGUCUCUCUCUCUCUCUCUCUCUCUCUCUCUGUCUAUUUAUCUAUUUAUCUAUCUUUUACUCCCUCUCAUUUUAAUUCUUGUUUACCUAUUUCCCCAAAUUCAUUCAGAGGUCAGGGUGUUUUAAGCAGAAAUCCCAGCCUACCUUUUCCCACAGUUUUUUCGCGCCCUCUCUUUUCUGCGGGCAAUUACUAUCAUUCUCCCGCCUUUUCCCACUCAAUGCUCGUACCUCCCGCUCAUUCCUUCAAGAUCGACCACACCCUGAUUUCUUGGCUCUGCACCUCGUCACCGCCUCUCCUCUCCCACUUUUUGUUGUCGCCCAGACCAGCUUCAAGUGUUCUCGCCGCCCACCAUAACGCACCAGGACUCUGUACUGGCUGA